UUUUCUCAGUAUCUUCAAAGAUAAGAGUCGGAAAAUCACCUUAUCUAUCCUCUUCGACCUUCUCUUCGACCAUAACCAUGGCUGCCUCUUUUACUUCCUCCCUCUCCUCCACCUUCUCCUCCCUCUCUCUCCGCCGCUUCUCUCUCCUCCCCACUCACCAACUACCCAACUCUCUCUCCCUCCCAAAACCCCUAAAUUUCCCCUCCAUCAGAGCGCAGUCUACCGAUAUCGACACCACAUACUUCGACAAUGUAGACCCAGAUGAAAUCACGACCUUCGACCCUCCGGAAAAACCGGAAGACUUCAUCCCUCCGCCAUCUUUCGACGACGGACCUCAGGAGUCUGAAGAUGAAAUAGCCGCUGCGUACGAAGAAUUAUAUGGACCAGCCUAUAGCGGAGUCAGUGUGUUGGGUAAUGACGUAUAUGUGAUGGAUUCGAAAGUAAAGAAAACAACCUCUUUCGGAAAAAUUAAGAAAGAUAAAGUCAGAGAUGGAUUUGAUGAGAGGGUGGUUCAGGUGAGGAGGGUGACGAAGGUGGUUAAAGGUGGGAAACAGCUUCACUUUAGGGCGGUGGUGGUGGUCGGUGACAAGAAAGGGCAGGUGGGAGUUGGGGUAGGCAAAGCUAAAGAAGUGGUUUCUGCUGUUCAAAAAUCUGCAACCAAUGCUCGAAGGAACAUAAUAACAGUUCCUAUGACCAAGUACUUGACCUUUCCUCACAGGGCGGAUGGAGAUUAUGGGGCGGCAAAGGUGAUGCUAAGGCCCGCGUCCCCGGGUACUGGAGUGAUUGCUGGCGGUGCUGUUAGAAUUGUGUUGGAAAUGGCGGGUGUUGAGAAUGCUUUGGGGAAACAACUCGGGAGUAACAAUGCUCUUAAUAAUGCAAGAGCAACUGUGGUGGCUGUUCAACAAAUGAGACAGUUUAGUGAAGUGGCUCGUGAUCGUGGGAUCCCGAUGGAAGAAUUGUGGAAAUGAUUGAGAUGAUUGUGUUUGAAUGUGUACAAUUUGUGUUCUUUUUUUGUUGAUGUUGUUGUUUGGAAGGGCAUUUUGGGAACUUCAUGACUCUAAAUGGCUAUUUUGUAGAUCGCUUGCAUAUCCCAAGUCUUCUCUGUUUAUCUUUAGUUUCAUUAAUGGAUAUCUUGUGGGUUAAAGGA